CGCGCCACCUCACAAAAGCUUCUCGGACCUCAUUAACUUGCAGGUCUAGAAUCAAAAUGUCGUCCCUUUACAAUCUCGAACCUCAACCCACCGCUUCCUGCAUUCUCCACACCACCGCCGGCGACGUUUCCCUCGAGCUCUGGGCACAACAGAUUCCCUUGACGUGUCGCAACUUUUUGCAGCUGUGUCUCGAUGGCUACUACGAUAACACGAUCUUUCACCGACUUGUACCAGGCUUCAUCAUACAAGGUGGCGAUCCAACAGGUACGGGCGCGGGCGGCGAGAGCAUUUACGAUGGAGGACAAUAUGCAGAGGCGCGAGAGGAGCAUGGUAUAUGGCCUAUGGAGGAGAGGAGAGGAAAGAACGCCGGCGCACAUGGAGUGGGGUUCAAGGAUGAAUUUCACAGCAGGAUUAAGUUCAAUCGGAGAGGACUGCUAGGGAUGGCGAAUGAGGGACCGGAUUCGAAUGGGAGUCAAUUCUUUAUUACGCUGGGUGAUACACCAGAGCUUCAGGGCAAGAACACGUUGUUUGGGAGAGUGGAAGGAGACACAAUCUACAAUGUUGCGAGGAUGGGGGAGAUGGAGGUGGGGGACGAUGAUAGGCCUUUGUAUCCGCCGAAGAUCACGAAUGUGGAAGUUUUGGUCAAUCCUUUCAAGGAUAUGGCCAGGAGGGCAAGAACUGCACCUCUGGUUCAACAACCUAAGGCGACGGGCGACAAGAAGAAAAAGAGGAAGGCUGGGAAGCAGUUACUAAGCUUUGGCGGUGAUGAAGGAGAUGGCGAGGAGGCGGCUCCUGUAGUCAAGAAAGCGAAGUUUGACACCAGAAUUGUGGUAGACAACGAGAACGAGGAACCUCCACCGCCACCAAAAGCCAAAGCAUCAGCUAAGACUCUCGAGAAGAAGAAAAUCAAGGCUCCCUCGCCGGAAUCGUCACCAGAACCUAGAUCAGCACCCGAACCUCCGAUAUCGAUUCCAAACCGGCCUGCUAAAGCUGCAGCUCGGCCAGCCUCAUCUUCCCCAGAACCAGAACCAGUCCAAAAAGUAUCCUCGCUCUUAGAUCGGACAAAUGCCCAGAUUGCAGAGCUCAAAGCAUCCAUGAAAAGGAAUGUUCAGACAGCCCCGGUACCAGAAAAGAAGAAAUCGGUGCUGGAAACAAUGAUUCCUAGAACAUCUGUUCGGGGUAGAAAACGACAUCCUGGAGAAAGUGCUCCUACGGAUCAACGAACUCUGGAUCUUCUGAAAGCAUUUCAAUCCCGGCUAGAUCAAGCUCCACCAGAAAAAGAGGUUUUAAAGACUGAGCCAGUUCUGGAGAAUGAGGAUCACAAAGAUGAUACAGCUGGUGAUGAAGAAGAAGCUACGCUAUGUGAUCUCCAUUUCAUUGUAGAAUGUCAAUCGUGUAAGAAAUGGGACACACAAGGUGAUGGAGAUAAGGAAGAAGACGAGGAUGAUAUCGGCUGGAUGUCCCAUGCUCUGUCCUUCAAGGAGGAUAAGCUAGGCAAAGACCUCUCCUACAGAAAGAAGGCAGAAGAGGAGCUUGUGGUUAUUGACCCAAGAGAGAAAGCUAAGACUUUGAAAGAGGAAAAGAGGGCACAGAGAGAAGCUAAAGCAGGUGGUUCUGGCCGUGCUUGGGAUCAAGCAAGGAAUGAUAAGUUGGCAAGAUCAUCUGCUUUGGCUGGGAGGGGGGCCAAGUGAAAUGAAAAGAGGAGUUGAAAACAUCGCUCGUCUAAUACGACUUGGGAUAAUGGAGAUGCAAAGGACAGUGCUCGAGGAUAACACAGCAUUUGACAUCUGACAUUGUAGGAAGGAGGUCUAAUGACGAUCAUACCACACUAGUUGGGCAAGAAGGGUGGCUUGGCUGCAGUGCUAUUCGUCACCCUUGGAUAUUUCUUGGGGAUUGAAGUAGGUAUCCGCCCAUGGUACGCCUGGUCAGAUCUUACAAGGAUGUGUCCAAACAGAUAUACCCCUCCAUAUUCCAAGCCUG